AGGGAUCAAUGCUUAAUAUUAAUGUUACUGAAUUUGAAUAGCGAAAAAGAACAAAGUAGACUAGAAAUGCAAUAUUGUAUAUUUACGAUACUUUGGAAGAAUAGCUUUUCAUCACCAAUAGAAAACCGACUUAAGGAAGGUGGUGCUUGUAUAUUGGUUAUUGGAACCAACCCAUCAAUAAGAACAUUUGACAUGGCACAUACUUACCCUCGUUCAACAUUCAUCGGUCUUGAAAUAUCGUCACAACCUUCCCAAUUCACAUCUUCACCAACACUUGCCGAACUUCCUAAUGCUACAAUUCUUCAUGCUCAUAGCUUAGGAUAUAUACCAUUUCCCGAUGAAACGUUUGACUUUGUGCUUUGUGAAAAUGGAAGGGGCAUAAAUACUUGUGAAAUAGAAGAUGAAUUUUUAUUUGAAUGUGAAAGCGAGUGUGGAGUAAACAUAAAUGACAUUUUUAGAGUUUUGAAAGUUGGUGGAUGGAUUGAAAUUAUGGUAAUUGAGAAUUUCCUGGGUAAUUGCGGUCCUACUACCCAGGAUCUUGUUGGUGCAUACUUUGAAUUUAUUGGCGAAAAUUUUGAAUCCGACCUAAAUGAGAAAAGACUAGAAGAAUUAAUAAUAUCAAGUAAACAAGUCGAAAGUGUAUUAUAUGAAUCCAAAAACACUCUGCUAGGAGUUAAUGGUGGAAGGAUUGGUGAACUGUUGACAGACACAAUUCUCCAUCCAAUAAGUCACAAUAAAAUUGAAUUAUCAAAAUACAUGAACAUUUCUAUACCAGAUAUUAAUGAAAUGCAGAAUGCUUCUUAUAAAGAGAUCGAUGAAUACAGAAGUUUUUGUAAAUCUUUCAG